AUGGCUCCUAGUCAAGAGGUGGAUGCUGAGGUGCCCGUCGCUGGCAAUGAGGGAGAUAAUGCUACUGCUGCUGCUGACAUUGAUCUCAACCCUGAGGACUUCAUGGUUGACAUGGAGAUCAAUGGAAGUGAAGCUGAUCUUGAGGCUGAUGCUGACAAUGAGGAUGAGGCUGGCUCUGCUGAGGGUGUUUCUAAUGAGACUGAGGACAUUGCUGUGAAGCUUCAGACUCAAAUUACGGAGCUGAAUAUUCUCAUUGGAGAGCAGCACUGCCGCAUCCAGAACUUGGAGGCUGAUUCUGUUAAGCUUCAGGCCUUGAUUGAGAAGCUGACCAGGGAGCUCAAGAAGCAAGAGAAACACAUCUCUGUGCUUCAGGCCCAGUACAGGGAGAUCCGGCGUGGAAACCUCUACCAGCCUGCUCCUGCAGCAGAGCGAGUUGCCAACGCCGCUAACAGCCGUGCUGCACCUGCUGAUGCACCUCCUGCUGUUCCUCCUCCUACUGGAGCACGUGCUGAGCCUCCUGCUGCAGCAGCAACUGCUUUUGGCUCCUGCCCUUCGGCCCUGCCUCGUUUUGUCCAUGGCAAGACCGGCGUUGAGACUUGGCUCUCCAUUGCGGAGGACUUUAUGUCCAUCCAAAAUGUGCGUAGCGAGGCUCGCGUGGUCGCGGCGACUCUUGCCCUGGACGACACUGCGAGCAAGUUGGUGUAUGCCAACAAGCGCCACGCAGAGGCUAAUGGCCAUCCUUUCGGCUGGGAGGAGUUCAAAGCUGCCAUGCUGGCGGCAUUCCUGAGUCAGCCCCCGGCGCUCGAGGUGCGUAGCCGCCUGGAGAACAUCCAGUGCGGUGACCAGCCUGUCCGCGAGUACGCCAAGGAGUUUGAGAAAACUCUGUCGCUGCUGAAGACUGCUCUUCCUGAGAGCGAGGUCAUCCACCAGUUCUUCAAGGGACUCCCUGAGCACAUCAAGCGUGUGCAUGUUGUGCGUGGGGAGCACCAGUGGAGGACCUACAAGGAGUGCAAGGAGCAGGUCAUUGACACGGAUGUGAAUUUCCGUGCGUACAUGACUCACGCUCGUGCUCAGCAGCAGCAGCCUAGUGCCGAAGGCCCUAGGGGGGGUGGUAACAGGACUCAGGCACACAGGGGCAGUGGCUCUUGGAAGAGGCCCUAUCAGCAGAAGGGGGAAUCCUCUGGGACUCAGUCCAAGAGGGCCCAUGCUGGGCCUGCCAAGGAUCCUCAGGAUGAGGAUAAGCCCCCGGCGGGCUGCCGCAUCUGUGGCAAGCUUGGCCACAAGUCCUAUCACUGCCGUUGGAGGAAGUCCGUCAAGAACUCCGGCAAGCCCCACCAGGGCAAGAAGCCGGAUGGUUCUGGCCCUUCGGGCUCGAAGGAUUUUCCGAAGUCCAACUAG